AUGCAAAGAAAUAAAAUCCUAAGUGAAAAUGCUGAAAUUAGAAGGAAGUACUUCAUCGAUAAUUCAGCACAGCAUGUCAAUGAAAUACUUAACUAAGGUAAAAAUGAAGAAUUGAUUGGAAGCUAUCUACACAAGUACUAAUUUCGAGAAAGAAUUAGAGAUAAGGAGAUUUGUGAUUAGGAUUUCAGGAUGACUUAGUAUGAAAAUAUGAAGAGCAGAGUUGAUAGAAUCCAACAGCAAACUUAAAGAGCAUUGUUAUUUGAGAAGUAUAAGUAAAAAGAAAAGAAUUUUAUCUUAAGACCAGAUGAUAGAACACAAAAUAAAAGAGGAGGCUUAAGGUCUACAUAAUUUAGCAAGACUAGCCGAGCACAAAAAUAAUAAAGCUUAGGAUUUAGAAGAACAUCCAUAUCCUAAAUGAACAAUACUAACUACUCUCAGAAUAAUAUGAGCAAAAAUGCUAUUAAAGUUGAUGAUGGCUAAGGAAAGCCUGAUCCAUACUUUAAGUUUAACUUUGCUGAGGAUCUCUCAAUGAGGAAUUCACCUAGACUUUUAAAACUUAAGUCUAAAUCACCUGAUUCUGCAAAAAAUUCAAAUUCAAGAUUAAGUGUUAAUAAAAGUCUACUAAGUACUACUAUUGUUCCAAGUAACAGGUAAUAUGAAAAUUUUGAGAGAUUCAAUAAGUUAUCAAUGACCCUUGGAGCAGAUAGUUUUAAUAACUUCCAUAAUCCUGGUCAGAGUACCAACUAAUUUACCUAAUUUGCAACAGAUCUAAUCAAGACUACAAAAAAUAAUGCUUUAUAGAGAGAAUCAAACUCUAUUAUGGUCCUUAAAGAUUAAACUCAAAGCACUUCAAAGUAUUCCCCUUCACGUGAUUAGAUCAUUUUGGAAUAUACUCAAGAAGAUCUUAGUUAGCAGCUUAAGAGUAUCAAAAAACCAGUUGAACUUGAAAGACUCCUUUCAGAGAGACAUAGUUUGAUUAAUACUAAUGUCCAUUAAUCAAUAGAGCAUAAGGCUAAGUUGAAAAAUGUUAUCAAGAAUGAAUGGGAAAAGCAUGUUCUUAACACUUCGACUGGCUUCUUUGACAAAAAUAAAAUAUAUAUGCAAACUAUGAAUGAAGUUCAAAAUCGAAAAUAAAAUCUGAGAGCUAGAAGUUUUAACAUGCACAAUAGUCUUAAUAAUACAUAGAGAUAAAGAAAAAGAUUAUUUAAUCUAACAAAGUAGACACUACUACUAAGAUAGUCAUAACACUUCAGAUUCUCAACUUUCCAUAGCCAUUAACAGAUGAACUUUGAUUCUUAUUUAGUAAAUUAAAUGCUAGAACAAAAAUUGGAUGUGCUAAGCUUAAACGAUAAUGAAAAUGAAACUAAACAAAUGAUCUUCAAUGAAAAUGAAAUCACAGAUUUAGAUGAAGUCUUGGACCUCAAAGGUAGAAAUAGUAAAUAACCUAAGAAAUCUAAUCAUGGGGCAAGACCCUGUUCAAGUGUAAUGAGAAAAUUAAAAAGAUGCAGACAUUACAAGGGAGGUAUCACAGUCGGCUGA